UUCCGGACACACGGGGGCGCUGCGCUUAGUGCUAACAUGUAAUUUGUGUGUGUACAAGUUAAUGGGAAGUUGCAGUCUGUACACUGUUUGUUCGUGUCCACCGGGAUUUCUUUAAUUUAAUGCAAUAAAUAAGAGCUGUAGAACUUUCCAGAGACUUCCUGGGCAUGAUGACAAAGCGGAGAGCAGACAGCUCGUUACUUCACGAGACUCCUCAUCCUCAGAAAAAGAAGAAAUGGCGGUCUGUGUGUGAUGCAGAGCCCGAGCUGCACGUUUCCGCCGCCGCCUCUCCUCCUGGACUCUUUAGCACUUUAAUCGGAGAGCGGCGGAGAAAGAGACCGAGAUGCUGCGAGGAUCAUGAAGAGCACGGUAAAGCAGGGCCUCCGGGGCGCACGCUGAUGAACGCUCCAGACGGCGAGGACAGGGAGAGCGGGGAUGGUUGCGUUUCUGGAAAGUUCCGACGCGCGAGCGAUGCGUGCACGUGCGAGAUGACCUCGAAAGAAAGCACGAGCGGGUCAAAACCGGAAGAGCGUCUAAAGGUGACUUGUCCGGACAACAAUGAGGAUGAGCUUUUUGCAUUUAACUCCUUCCAGUUCUGGAGAACGCCGCUGCCUGUGUUAGAUCUGUCACUCCUGGACAGUCCGUCCACAUCCGAGCUCCACGAGGACCGUUCUUUUAAAGAUGACACGGAGGAAAUGGAGACAUGAUGCACGAUGCAAUAUUUUGCUCGACAUCACUGUGGAAGUAUUUGAAUUCAAGAAAGGAGGAAGUCAUUCUGCCAUGUUUUUCCUUCCUUCAGGAAUGUGUGUUCUAAGCUGUUGGUAAGACUUUAAAAUGCCUAAUUUCAUGUUCGUCAUUGUUAAAGGACAAACCUGAGCUUUGAAUUAAUGUAAACUCUGUGGUUGAGGUUCCGAGUUUGAGCAGAUGAUUAUGAAUUCAAAUCCCAGGACUGCCAGAGAACCACGCUUGUAACGAGAUUCAAGAAACGUUGUGCUGAAGGAUUUCAUGAAUGAACCGGGUCAGGGUCAUGGUGGAUCCAGGGCCUGUCACGGAACAUUGAGCAUGACUUGGGAGUACAUCUUGGAUGGGAUACCACUCCUUUUCAGGGCACACACAUUCACACACUCGCUCACACCUAGGGGUAAUCCAUCUUAGCCAAGCCACCUACUGGGAUGCGUCAGGAAACACACGCAGAAUUCCACAUGGACAGUAACCCGAAGGUCAGGAUUGAACCCUGGAGCUGUGAUGCGUUUGUUGCCCUUGCCGAAGCCAAAUGUAUACAGUUCUAUUCUUUGUGAGCUAUAUUAGCCUUGUAACUCAAUGAAAGUUGUUACUGACAACUAUAUGAAAGUUUUUAUUAUUCAAGUCACAGAACGUAAGUGCUGCUCUGUUUGUUUAUAUUUAUUUGGAUCGUCCCAAUAAAACCAACAUGUCUUGGGUGAUCGACUACGUUUGGGGUUCGGAGAAGAUUUUUCACCAGACUGUCUGCCUCACUUCCAGGUUGUUUUGUGUUAAAGCACCUGCAAAAUGAAUAAUUGUAAAUAUGAGGGCUUUGAACUCUCGCUCAUAGUUUUUCAGAUUCCCGUAAAUUCCUUUUUGCCUUGUUUGGUUCAGUAAACCUGCUUUCUGAUUUACUUAUUCCUUAUGUAACGUGUAACAGUGCAGUCGAUAUUGUAUUGUACUUGUAUUAAAUAUCCCUUUUUCCUCCCUUUAUAGCCUAAUUACUGAUCAUGCUGAACUUGUGUAUGAUUUUGUUCUCUUGCACUGUUUUUUUUUUUUUUUCCAUUCUAUUUGGUCUGUCUACUGCAGCUGCAAUAAAAUGUGAGCUUUAUUCUCAUGCUGCUUAAUUUGUGUAAGCUCAUACCUUAAUGUAAGGUGAAGUUAGGUUGUUGUUGUUUUUUAAAUAUAUAUAACCUUUGAAGACCGUCUCUCCAUUAUCCAGAACUCUGAUGUCAUAGCAGUGAUGUCACGAGGGCUUGUGAUUUGAGAUACACACGUGCUCAGGUCAUGACAUUAAAUGAAGCUGCUACCGACUGGAUCACCAAUCACCUAGUUGCUUAUUAUGGAUGCAACUAAUGUUUAAUGAUUCCUGAAUAGUUAUGCCCAUCACGCAUAAAAUCCCUUUGCACCACUAGAGCCUUCAGUGUUUUACUCACACAGCUGUUUAUCAUAAAAAGCAGCACUUUUGAAAUGAAAUAAAAUAACCUUGACGCUGCUCAGUCGGGUCAGCCUCCAAAGACCUUUGAUCCAAGCGGAGGAGGAAAGCGAAGUGUGAGGUUUUCUAAUAC